CAUGCCGCGAUGCAGCACUACGGGGUGAAUGGCUACUCGCUGCAUGCCAUGAACUCGCUCAGCGCCAUGUACAACCUGCACCAGCAGGCGGCCCAGCAGGCCCAGCAUGCCCCCGACUACCGGCCCUCAGUGCAUGCGCUCACACUGGCCGAGCGCCUGGCUGACAUCAUCUUGGAGGCCCGCUAUGGCUCACAGCACCGCAAACAGCGUCGCAGCCGCACGGCGUUCACAGCUCAGCAGCUCGAGGCCCUGGAAAAGACCUUCCAGAAGACUCACUACCCGGACGUGGUGAUGCGUGAGAGGCUGGCCAUGUGCACCAACCUGCCUGAGGCCCGGGUGCAGGUGUGGUUCAAGAACCGCAGGGCCAAGUUCCGGAAGAAGCAGCGCAGCCUGCAGAAAGAGCAGCUCCAGAAGCAGAAGGAGGCUGAGGGAUCCCACGGGGAAGGCAAGACCGAGGCCCCGACCCCAGACACCCAGCUGGAGACUGACCAGCCCCCCAACCUGCCCAGUGGUGACCCCCCUGCUGAGCUUCACCUGAGCCUGUCUGAGCAGUCAGCCAGUGAGUCGGCCCCCGAAGACCAGCCAGACCGGGAGGAAGACCCCCAGGCAGGGGCUGAGGAUCCCAAGACCGAGAAGAGCCCUGGGGCUGAGAGCAAGGGGCUGGGCUGCAAGAGGGGCAGCCCCAAGGCAGACUCCCCGGGCAGCCUGGCCCUGCCGCCUGCAGCCCCCGGGGCCGGCCUCCUGGGCCCCUCCCACUCCUACUCCUCCUCCCCGCUGAGCCUCUUCCGUCUGCAGGAGCAGUUCCGCCAGCACAUGGCUGCCACCAGCAACCUGGUGCAUUACUCGUCCUUCGAAGUGGGGGGCCCGGCCCCCGCCGCCGCCGCCGCCGCCGCCGUGCCCUACCUGGGCGUCAACGUGGCCCCGCUGGGCUCACUGCACUGCCAGUCGUACUACCAGUCGCUGUCAGCGGCCGCCGCUGCCCACCAGGGUGUGUGGGGGUCCCCGCUGCUGCCUGCGCCCCCCGCAGGCCUGGCGCCUGCCUCGGCCGCCCUGAACAGUAAAACCACGAGCAUCGAGAACCUGCGGCUGCGGGCCAAGCAGCACGCAGCAUCCCUGGGACUUGAUACGCUGCCUAACUGA